AUGAAAAGGAUCGUUUUCUCUCUCAUUCUAUUCAUCGUUUUGUGUGUGGCUCAAAAAGAUGAUGAUGGAAAUCGAGAAAUGAAAGGAGAAGAAAGGAUUAAACAGUUAAACAUUCAACAGUUCCCGUUAAACAGAAAAGUCUCAGCAUAUGAAAGAGCGAAAACAUUCAGAGCAAGACAAACCGACAAGGAAAUCUACUCAGCUCUUCCCGAAUCCAUGCGCGAACAGAUGAUGAUCAGAGAAAAACUCCAAGCUCGACAGCAUUCACUCAAAGCCAUCAAAGCUAAAAGAAAC